ACUUCGCCGUCCUCAGCUCGAAUAAGGCUUCGGUAUAAAAAUCAUGUCGGCAACAAUCGAGGAAGUCUCCGACCAUUCUGACCACGAGCAUAACCACGAUCACAACCAUGAGGAAGACCCAACCUCGAACGCUGCACUCGAAAAGAUCCAGUCCCGCGCAGAACGUAAGGCGCGAAAGGCGUUGCUCGGACUUGGUCUCAAGAAGGUAGCGGGUAUCACUCGAGUCACGCUCAGGAGGCCAAAAAACAUUCUCUUCGUCAUUGCGUCUCCAGACGUGUACAAGUCACCUAACAGCGACUGUUAUGUCGUUUUCGGUGAGGCGAAGAUUGAGGACGUCAACCAGCAAGCACAGCUGAAUGCUGCUCAGCAGCUCGCCCAGACAGGAAGCGGACUUGGCGGUGCUAUUCCGGCGGCCGAGAAAGCAGCUGCAGCUGAUAAUGACGAGGAAGCACCUGCACUUGAGCCGGUGGAUGAGGAGGGACCUGUCGACGAGACUGGUCUCGACCCGAAAGAAAUCGAGCUUGUCAUGGCCCAGGUUUCCUGCUCGCGUGCCAAAGCGGUCAAGGUUCUCAAGGAGAAUGGAGGAGACAUCAUCAAUGCAAUUAUGGCUGCGACGUGAUCUGUACUUGGUCCUGUAUAUGUUCUCUGUCGUUGUUUCUAGUCUUGUAUUCUUCGCAUUUGUUGAUCCAAAAUGCCUCGAUUGUCGAGAUGUUGUCUUUCACUGAAUACCGGAGUGC